GGAAGUGUUUGGUGUUGUUAGCGGUUAGCUUUAGCCUGUGCUACUAGAAUUAGCUUCUGAGCGGAGAAGCGGUUUUUUGUAUAUUAGAGUGGACUUAAAGCUCAUUUGUGGCUUAAAUAUCGGAUCAUGUAAACAUCUGAGUAAACGCGGCGAGUAACGACGUAAAAGCAGAGACUCACUCUCCAACCGACUGAAGUAGCGUUGAGGUCCAACCAGAGACCAGGAACGUUUGUUAGCAUUGUUUAGACAUUACAGCCAUGACUCUUGCAGUUGAUCGCGAACCAAGAAAGACUGCGGGAAACCGCAUGUCAAAACUACUUGAUGCUGAAGAAGAAGACGAGUUCUACAAGACCACCUACGGAGGCUUCAACGAUGAAUCGGGAGAUGAUGAAUAUCACGGAGAACAUUCAGACACAGAGGAUGAGGUGGACAGUGACUUCGACAUCGAUGAGGGUGAUGAGCCGGACAGUGACCACGAGGAGGAUGCACCUCGGAGGAAAAGUCGGGUUGUCACCAAAGCUUAUAAGGAACCUAUAAAGGUGGCAAAACCCAAACCCAAAAAACCCUCUGAAGAACAGAAGAAGACUGAGAAAACCAAGGUGGAGCUCAAAAGGAGGAUUCCACCAGAAUUUCAAGACUUUGCCGAGACUCGGAAGUCCGUGCGACAGUCCACCAGCGAGCACACCCGUAAGACCAACCUGCGCUUGCAGGAGCGUCAGGAUGCCCCUCGGCGACGAAGAGGUGCUCACCGUGACCGGCCUCUUACCCAGGACGAACUACUCGCUGAGGCUAAAAUUACAGCCGAGCUCAACAUCCGAUCUCUAGAAAACUAUGAACGUCUGGAGGCUGACAAGAAGAAACAGGUCCAUAAGAAGCGGCGCUUUGAGGGACCAACGAUCCGUUACCAUUCUGUCCUCAUGCCUCUCGUCUCUCACUCGGUCCUAAAAGAAGAAAACGUUGAUGUUGAAGGGCUGGACCAGGACAUUCCUCAGACUGCACCCCAAAAUCCCACCACACCCUCCCAGCAGCCAGCCGGAGGCCUUUGCUCCCGUACCUACAUAACUUUCAGCGACGACGAAGCUUUCGAGGUGGCCUUUCCACCCAGCGCCCAGUCCAGUCCUCAGCUGCCCGUCCAGGAGGUUUGUCCCGUCACGCACAAGGCCGCGCUGUACCGAGACCCAGUCACAGAUAUACCUUACGCCAACGCGCGAGCGUUCCGCAUCAUCCGGGAAGCGUAUCGGAAAUACGUGGCCGCCCACGGAUUUCCAAACACUUCGGGAGGGGUGGCGGGACUCGACUCCUCGGCAUCGAAGGGCGCCCGCCAGAAAAUGGUUGUGAAGCAGGGUGCAGUUGCCACGUAGGUAAAAAAAAAAAAAGAUAAUCGGACUUGAAAAUGACAACCAGUUGUUGUCCAACAACUGACAGCUGGAAUCUACAGAACAAAAACCUAACUUUUAUGGGGCACUCAGUUACAAUCUGACUUGCCUUCGGGAAAUCAAAUUAGGCUCACUUUGGCAGCAGCUUUUUUUUUUUUUUUUUUUUUUAGUUUGUUUAAUUAUCUGGAGUUUCUUUUUCACUUUUUGUAUUUUUGUGUUUCUAUAAAUGUACAUAAAUUUUGACAAAAAUAAAUAGUUGAAACCUGGAAUAAUUAAAGUUUUUUUUUUCUUUCCUGAGACCUGCCUUUUAAGACAUUUCACAAACCGAAAUGGUCAGACUGUGCAGCGGUGCCCUCCGUCCUGAGAGUAUUGUUCAUUUAAUUGCAUCUUUUUCCAGAUCAUCCUCGUGUGACUACUCUUCACUUUAAAUCCAUCCUGAAACAAAACAUGCUGUGGCGUUUUGUACGGUUCAAAAGACAAGGAACUAAAUGCCAUGUUUGUAUUUAGAAACAUUAAUUUCCCAUUCAGUCCAACGUCAUUACCAAAAACACAUGAGGUUAUUUUAGAAAAGCUGGGAUUUGGUUCAUUCUGUGUGACAAAACAUCACAGCAGUUUUAAUUGAUCAAAGCGUUCUGAGCUACAGUUUCUCCCGCCUGUUAUGACACUGAUGAGUUCUGACAGAACAAGAAGCAUCCAGCAUCCCCCGUUUGUUAGCGACAGAUAUUUUUUUUUCCCCACUCCUGUGUCUUUAUUCUCUGUUUAAUGUUCAGUCUGAUAGUUCAGAUUUAAGUUCAAGUUUCCACUCUCAGCCUCGCUCUGCCGACAGCAUUAUCUAAAUAAAGCAGACCGGCUUUUUCAAUGUG